GACAUUAGCAAACAGGCGCCGUGGUUAUUUUGCAAGCCACACUCCAGAAGGAGGACUACGAAGUGUCGUCCCUCUUGUUGUGUUGACGGAUUACGAUGGAGGAUUGUUCAGCUCGACAUGUAGACAACAGACACGGUUGGUGAUGUCCAUGCAGAGGUCGUUGACCCGUCACCUUUGACGGUAUAUUUUGUUUGUAGUACCUGAGGUACACACAGGCAGGUGGGAUUUCACUCAAGGCCCCUUAAGCUACGCGUGAGAUUCGAUACAGUGUUGAGCACACGUCAAGAAAGAUACGUUGUCUCUGCCACUUCAAAACCCGUAAACAGUCCACAAAGUCACGUCCAUGCCGAUUAGCCUUGAACCGGUCACGGGCACCUCCCCAUGGAUGUAAAUAAAAUUACGUCUGCCGGUUGAUACAGCGCAGGAGCGGUUCGACCUACCGGGGCUUGGCUGUGCGACAUAUCCGCGAUCGAUCGUCCACUUUUCAUUGCAUGCAGUACCGUCAUACAAGCAAACAUCUCGCUGCCUCUGUGUGCCACGCUUGGAGAGGGAAGGGCGGCUGACCAGCCAGUGUGGGGAAAAAUACAUCGUUACGGGCCACAUGGUAACAGGAUACUGUCUGCGAUCACAUUGCAAAAAUCGGAUAUAUCCCAGAUUUGGUUUUGACUGGAGAGGGAACCUUUUCCUCGAAGGGAAACGGCUUGUGAGAGAUGGGAAACAAGUGUUGUAAAUGCUGUGCUUGCUGUCGGUGUGUGGGAAGACCUCCUAAAGGGAAGGAGGGUGAUGACUGGUACGAGAUCAAGCCGAGAGAAGACGGAGAAGAGCCCAAAGAUGGCGUCCCCGAUACUGCGGAGGAAAAAAUCCCGCUGACGGAUGAUGACGGACGCAAGAUUCCGACGGACGGGCCCAUUGGCGAACCUCCGGACGGGGACGUCAAGAAGCCCGCAGAAGGAGCGAAGGAUGAAGAUGCCGAGGGUCCAAAGGAGGGACAGCAACCCGACCAAGGAGACGCGGUGGAUGGCAGGGUGCCCUCGGACGAGGCUGGUAAUGGCCAGACGUCCCCCUCUCGUACGGGCGGGGCAGUGCCGUCUGUCCAGUCCGACGACAGCGGGGUUCAGCUGGACGACGCCGGGAACCUCCAUCCACCAGGCACGACACUGAGGACCAUCACCAGGGAAACGUACGAAUACCGAGUGAGCGGAGUGAAGAGAGCAGCUUGGUUCAAGGGAGAGGCUCCACCAGAGAACGGCGAGGGGGAAGCUGGAAAACCCCUCAUUGACAAAACUGGAGAAGGUGGGGAGGAACCUGGAGAGGAUGAGCCACUGCUCGAGAAGAAACUGUCUCCUACAGAGACAGACCAGGUCGAUGCCGCUGCCACAGGGGCGUCUCCAUUAGCAGGAUCCCCUGUAGAUGAAGCUGCUCGGAAGGCAGCAGAGGAAAUAGAUGAUGGUGCCAGAAAGGCCAUUGAGGAAGCUGCGAAAUACAAAGCAGAGGAAGAAGCUGCAAGAGUAGCAGACAAAAUAGCAGCAGAGGCAGCGGCAGCUAGAAAAGCUGCAGACGAAUCUGCCAAGAAAACGGCAGAAGAGGAUGCUUCUGGAAAGGCCGUUGACGAAGUCUCAAAACGUAAAGGAGAUGACGGAAUGGUCAAAGUAGCAGCCAAACAAGCAGAGAAGGAGACAGCUGGAAAGGCUGCAGAAGAAACGGAUAAGAAAAAAGCCGAAGAGGAUGCUGCUAGAAAAUCUGUUGACGAAGCUGCAAAACGGAAAGCAGAGGAGGAAGCGACCUCAAAAGCAGCCAGACAGGCGGAGGAAGAGGCAACCAGACGAGCUGCCGAGGAAGCUGCCAAGAGAAAGGCAGAAGAGGAUGCUGCAAGACCGAAAGCAGGCGAGGAGGCGGCCAUGGGACCAACCAAAACGACGGAGGACGAGGCAGCCCGACGAGACGCAGAGGGAGCAGCUAAGAGGGGGGCCAAAGAAGAUGCUGCCAAAAAUGCCACUGACGAGGCCACUAGAAAAGCUGCAGAGGAAGCUGCGAAGAAAAAGGCCGAAGAGGAUGCUGCCAAAAAGGACGCUGACGAAGCUAUAAGACGUAGAGCAGCCGAGGAAUCGGCCAUUGAAGCAGCCAAACAGGCGGAAGAGGCGACUAGACUAGCUGCCGAGGAAGCUGCGAAACGCAAAACAGAGGACGAAGCUGCCAGACCGGCAGCAUUAAAAGCAGCCGAGGAGGAGUCCGCCAGGAAAGCUGCAGAGGAAGCUGCCAGGAAAAAGGCAGAUGAAGAUGCUGCUAAAAAGGCCGCUGAGGAAGCUGCGAAACGCAAAGCAGAUGAGGAAGCGGCCAUUGCAGCAGCCAAAAAGGCAGAGGAUGAGGCGGCCAAACGAGCUGCCGAGGAAGCUGCUAAGAAAAAGUCCGAAGAGGAUGCUGCUAGAAAGGCCGCUGAGGAAGCUGCGAAACGCAAAGCAGACGAGGAGGCGGCCAUUGCAGCAGCCAAAAAGGCAGAGGAGGAAGCUGCAGAGGAAGCUGCGAAGAAAAAGGCUGCAGAUGAUGCGGCCAGAAGGGCCGCUGAGGAAGCCGCGAAACGCAAAGCGGACGAGGAAGCGGCCAUUGCAGCAGCCAAAAAGGCGGAAGAAGAAGCAGCCAAACGAUCUGCCGAGGAAGCUGCCAAGAGGGCGGCCGAAGAGGAUGCUGCUAGAAAGGCCGCUGAGGAAGCUGCCAAACGGAAAGCAGACGAGGAAGCUGCUAGACUAGCAGCCUUAAAAGCAGCCGAGGAAGAGGCUGCUAGAAAAGCUGCAGAGGAAGCUGCAAAGGGAAAGGCCGAGGAGGAAGCGGCCAGAAUAGCUGCUGAUGAAGCUGCGAAACGCAAAGCAGAGGAGGAAGCUGCUAGACUAGCAGCCUUAAAAGCAGCCGAAGAUGAGGCUGCAAGAAAAGCUGCAGAGGAAGCUGCCAAAAGGAAGGCCGAAGAAGAUGCGACCAGAAGGGCUGCUGAGGAAGCCGCGAAACGCAAAGCAGAAGAGGAAGCAGCCAAACGAGCUGCCGAGGAAGCUGCCAAGAAAAAGGCCGAAGAGGAUGCUGCUAGAAAGGCCGCAGAGGAAGCUGCAAAGCGGAAAGCAGAGGAGGAAGCGGCCAGACUAGCUGCCGAGGAAGCUGCCAAGAAAAAGGCCGAAGAGGAUGCUGCCAAAAAGGCCGCUGAGGAAGCUGUGAAACGGAAAGCAGAGCUAGAGGAGGAAGCGGCCAUUGCAGCAGCCAAAAAGGUGGAGGAUGAAGCAGCCAAACGAGCUGCCGAGGAAGCUGCCAAGAAAAAGGCCGAAGAGGAUGCUGCCAAAAAGGCCGCAGAGGAAGCUGCAAAACGGAAAGCAGAGGAGGAAGCGGCCAUUGCAACAGCCAAACGGGCAGAGGAAGAGGCGACCAAACGAGCUGCCGAGGAAGCUGCCAAGAAGAAGGCCGAAGAGGAGGAAGCUGCCAGACUGGCUGCCUUGAAAGCAGCCGAAGAGGAGGCCGCAAGAAAAGCUGCAGAGGAAGCUGCAAAGAAAAAGGCCGCCGAAGAGGAUGCUGCCAGAAGGGCUGCUGAAGAAGCUGCCAAGAAAAAGGCCGAAGAGGAGGAAGCUACCAGACUGGCGGCCUUGAAAGCAGCCGAAGAGGAGGCCGCAAGAAAAGCUGCAGAGGAAGCUGCAAAGAAAAAGGCCGAAGAGGAUGCUGCCAGAAGGGCUGCUGAGGAAGCUGCCAAACGGAAAGCAGACGAGGAAGCUGCUAGACUGGCAGCAUUAAAAGCAGCCGAAGAGGAGGCCGCUAGGAAAGCUGCAGAGGAAGCUGCCAAGAGGAAGGCCGAAGAGAAUGAUGCUCGAAAGGCCGCUGAGGAAGCAGCAAAACGGAAAGCAGAGGAGGAAGCGGCCAUUGCAUCAGCCAAACAGGCAGAGGAAGAGGCAGCAAAGAAAUCGGCAGAAGAAGCUGCAAAGAGGAAGUUAGAAGAGGACGCUUCCAAAAAGGCUGCCGAUGAAUUACAUAAAGAGGCGGAGUCUAAAUCUAAGGCUAGGACAGACGACGAACUCUCCCGCAAAUCAGCGAAUGAAGAUAACCAGGGUAGAGAACCUGGAGCUAAGAUAGCGGCUGACGAAGCCACUCCAGAGGACGCUGCCCAAAAGGGGGCAGCUGACGAAGUCGCUGUUAAGGCGCGCGCAGAAGAACAGGAAGCGGCGGAGAAACGGGCAGCCGAAGAAGAAAAGUCUGCUAGACUUGCAGCAGCAGAAGCUGCAAAGAAGGAGGAGGAGGAAGCUACCAAGAAGAAGGCAGCCGAGGAACUUGCGGCGAAAAUCGCAGCGGAAGAUGCUGCUAAGAAAGCGGUUGAGGCUGAGCCACCUAAGCUGACCGGGAAAGCCGCUAAGAAGGCUGCCAAGGAAGCCGCAAAGAAAAAGGAAGCAGAGGAAAAAGCUGCCAAGAAAGCAGCAGAGGAGGCUAAAAAGAAAAAGGAGGCGGAGGAAAAGGCGGCAAAGAAAGCAGCUGAGGAAGAGGCAAAGAAAAAAGCGGCGGAAGAGAAAGCAGCAAAAAAGGCUGCCGAGGCAGCGGCUAAGAAGGCAGCCCAGGAGGCCUCUAAGAAAAAGUCGGACAAGGAGCUCGCCGCUAAGAAGGCAGAAGAAGAUGCCGCUCGAAAAGCAGCGGAGGAAUCUGCAAGAAAAGCUGCGGAAGAUCUAGCCGCAAGGAAAGCAGCCGAGGAACAGAAAAAGGCUGAUGAAGAGGCUAAGAAAGCAGCCGAAGAAGCAGCCAGGAAGGCGGAAGAAGAAGCCGCCAGAAAGGCAGCUGAAGAAGCGGCCAAGAAGAAGGCAGACGAGGAGGCCGCCAAAAAAGCCGCUGAUGAAGCAGCGGCCAAGAAGAGAGCUGAAGAAGAAGAGGCAGCAAAAAGAGCCGCCGAAGAAGCCGCCAAAAAGAAGGCUGAAGAGGAAGCUGCCAGGAGGGCAGAAGAAGAGGCAUCGAAACAGGCUGAAGAAGCGGCUAAGAAGGCAGCUGAACCAUCGGCUAAGAAGGCUCUCGAAGAGCUUGUUGCCAAGAAAACAGCUGAAGAAAAAGCAGCUGAAGCAAACGGUGUGACUGAUGACGCGGCUCCCCAGAACCCAUUGCAGGCUGAAGAGAAGGAACUGAAGUCCUUCUACCGAGAGGCUGGCAACAACGUGCAGCCGAUCCCGUGGAUGGAGGACUUCAAGGUAGACCUGGACGACGUCAAUAUGGAUCUGAGCAUUGAGAACCAACCUAGAAUCAGCGCCCUUAGAACACCCCGGCAACAAAAACGUGUUUCCGGCACGGAAGGACGGCCUAGAACCCCGGACGCUGGCAAGACCAUCCGCAUUGACGAAAUCUUCGACCCUCUUACCAACAUCCGGGGCAAGAAGGGCGAGCCUCCCAAGCGAAUCCUUAUCCGCGGCCAGCCGGGAAUAGGGAAGAGCACGCUCUGCCGCAAACUGGCCUACGAUUGGUCCAACCCAGAAAACGAGACCGGCACCAUCAAGAAGUUCAAGUACACCUUCCUUAUUGAAGGACGUCAUCUUGGGGGCGACCUGAAGAACGCGAUGGCCGAGCAGCUACUCUCACAGGGCUUCAACGAUUCGCCUGAAAAUCUGUGGAAAUUUGUGGAAGACAAUCAGAGCGACGUCCUUUUCAUUGUAGACGGCUAUGACGAGAUAGAUACUUCAGUAAAGUCCGAUGUUGGGGAUCUCAUAAGUAAGAAAAUCCUUCCCCAGUCCACUCUAGUCAUCACCUCCCGCCCCGAGAGCACGAAAGAAAUCUCUCGCUCUGUUGACAAACAGCUGAAAGUGGAAGGUUUUAACCAGGAGAAGUCGGCGGACUUCGUGAACAAGCACUUCCACGUGACGUCUCCUAACACGGAGCACGCUCCUGACGUCACGGAAAACCUUGUCGCUGCCUUGAGAAGAGAUAAGAACCUACAGCAACUCGCGGCCUACCCACUCUGUAAUGCCUACCUAUGUGCUCUGUGGGAAGACACAGACGGCGAUAUCCCAAGCACAAAGUCGUCUCUCUACGAUAGGCUUAAGAUUGUAGUCACCAGGCGGUAUUGCCUUAAACAGGGCGUCCCCCUCCCCGCUAAACCUUCAGAUGUCCCCGCCCAGUUUAGGUCCUACUACCGCGCUCUUGGCGAACUUGCCUACAACGGUGUGACGAACAACAGGGUUCUGUUUGACAAACCUCUGGUGCUGCACAAGGUAAGAGACCCCCGGGUCCUGCAGAUGGGUCUCCUGUUAGAGGAGCACUCCAUCGCCCGGACCAAGCGACACGAGUAUUACCGCUUCCCGCACAAGGCCUUCCAGGAGUUCUUCGCCGCUCAGUACCUCUCCGAGAUGUCCGAGCGCUUGCGAAGUCCUACCUACCCCAAGCUGGUGAAGGACCGGGUAUGGCGGGACAUUGUCCUGUUCCUACCUGGUGCCCUCAAGCAGCAGCCUCGAGAUCUCAUCCCUCUUUUCAAGGCCCUUUCAGAGUACAACACCACCAGAAAGUCCACCUACUCAGACGUCGGCCAGUACAGGCUGAGUCUCGAUACUUUGUUUGAGGCAGAACUGCAGGACAUGUACUCAACAAUUGUUGCACCCUCCCUCCCCAGUCUCCUCACAGAAAGCCAUCCAAUCAUAGAGGGCGUCUCAUCCCCAACCCUCCAGGGCCUCGCCUGCGUCCUUAAACAAAACAACAUUGACGUCAAAGAAUUCCGUUUCGGCGUUUGGACCGAGAAAUAUGACCAAAAUUGCGACACGCUGACAGAGGCCCUGAAUGAAAAUCAAACGGUAGGGAAACUAGUCAUCGCCGCUUGCAAUGAAAACGACGUCGUUGAGUCUGUCAAAGAUAUCUUGUCUCGGCUGGCUGAGAGGAACAACACGGUCAAAAGCCUUCAGAUCAUCGACUACAGCUACAAGGGACCACUCAAGUACGACGAGAGGAUAGAGAUGCUGAGGAAAGUGUGUACCGUCGAGGAGAUCAAGAUCGACUCGGCGGCCAGAGUGUGGUAUCCUGGCCUGCCGCCGAACCCCAGCGAGGCCCAUCACACCAUCAGGAGCACGCCUAUGACCCCGAUGAGUACAGACUAGGUCAAUCUGUGAUUGGUGUAUGUGUGACUUCUGAAUCUCAUUGGUUGAAUUUGACUUAGUCUGAGCUACGACAUCAACCACGCUCAUUCUCAUUGGUCACGUCAGCCAAGGAUUUUACCAUCUUGUCAUUGGUCAUAUCCUGCACUUCUAGUCAUUAUUCACUUCAUGCGUGUAUGACAGCUCCCAUCGGCUAUCACUGUUGAGAAGUAGUAGUAUACAAGACAAAAGUCUAUUUCUGGUGCGUAGGAAACUCCAUGUGCUAACUUGUGCUGCUUGCAAUGCUGGACCAAUCAAUAUCGUAGAGUCAAAGUAACGACAACACAAUAGCUUUCAACUAACUACUCAAUUAUGCAGAUCGCUGGAAAACGACGUCAGCUUCUGUGAAGUUCUUGUGGAAAAUGGCUUGUUUGUAUGUAUCACGCAGUUCAAUACAGCAUGGUGAUAUUUUUGUGGCCGUGAUGUCAAUUGUAUCUCAAGAUGAUUGAGUUAAAGUAGACAAGUUCACCAUGUAAGACCUUUGAACGUAAUGUUUGUGUAAACCAGAUUUUCAUACCUUUGCACAUUGGAACAGGGCCGUCAGCUGGGAAUAAGGAAGGUAGUAAUGAAGUGUGUAUUCUGUUGUACAAGAUGGGGGAUUCUUUCCUACGCAGUUAACGUAACGAUAUUUGACGAAAGUGUACAAACAUGUCGAGACAGCUCUCUGUAGUGUACUGUAAGAUGAUGUUAUAUUGUCACAUGUGUAUAGUAGGAAAGCGUAUUGUCUGCCAAGCCGCUUUUGACACCCAGAAUAUUUACUGACUGUGAAAAAGGCGAAAGCUUCAGUCUCAAUAUUUCUUUAUAAUUUGAGGAGAGGAAAAAGUUGGCAUGCAGUAAAGCGGGGCUUUGCAGUAUAAAGGCGCCCUCUAGCGACAUGAUGUAACAACUGCUACAUAACGAAACGUUCUAUUGGUGUGCUGAAAACUUGCUGAGUUGACAAAGUGGUGCAAGAAGUUAAUUAAACCUAUAGCUGUAGUUCACGCUGUGAUUCUUUGUUUAUUUACUGCAGACUUUGUUUCUGUGAACCACGUUUGGAAGUAAAUGCAGACGAUUUUUGAGAUCCGUGAUAGACAUUCAAGUUGAAGUAGACGUCAGGUUGAUAUCAGAGAAUACAUGGAAUAGAUGUAGAGUAAGGAUAUCUAACUUGUCCAUAGAUUACUUUUUUUGUUAACCGUUUUAUUGUUAUCUGAGAAAUGUUUACUAGUAUUGGGAGGCACGUCGCGGGUUUAAUCACUAUAUUGGGUAUGAAUAUCUUUUGCCAUUUUGUACCAUAAUGGCCUUCUGUAUAUGGAGUGUCCUGUGGACAAUGUGUAAGGUGACAUGAGUGCAGUGGGAAUGCUACAGAUGCAUGGUGAAUGGAAACGACGCUGUGACAGCAAAUUUUGCAAGAAGCCGCUAUAACUGUAAUUGUAUACAUGUAAUAUGUAUGUAUGCCGCAACUGAAGAUAAUAAAACAAUAAAGAGUACUAACC